UUUGCAGGGGGGUGUGUGGCAGUACGUGUUGUGGUGUUUUGGGUGCUGCGUGACCCUAAGGUUGUUUCCCAAUGGCUGCAUUGUUGUGUUUUUUUUGUUUUGUUUUUUUCCUCCACGGUGCAAAAUCUGUUGGGAUAAUCAAAGGCACAUGCACCAGGACUCAGACUAGACAGGAUGAUUGCGAAGGGCAGGAGCGGCGGGACACAGAAACACUCCCGAUUUUAUUUCUAGACUGUGCUAGGGGAGGCGUUGACAACACAACUUGGUUGCGUGUGUGGCGGGGUGUGUGUGUGUGUGUGUGUGUGUUUUUUUCCCCUCUCUCCCCAAUCCAAUGCAAACAGAUGACUUUGCAAAAGGGCUGGCGAACUCGGCAGCCUGGGGCUGUCUAGUCCUGCCAACCCAAGCGAUACCAAGUCAGGAGUGCUGGAUAAGACUCGCGGGAGAUUUUGAGGGGGAUCCCAAAGUAAUUGUGCCAAGUGACUGUUUGGCUCGACUAACUGUUCCCUGCCUGAGCUGACCACGUCCAUGUGUGUUUUUUAGGAAUCACGUUUGUAUUUCAUAGACUAAUGACCCCAUCGUGGGUUUGAUGUUUUUGUUGUUGUUAGAGAAAUAAAAGCAUAUUUGACCAAGACAUAAGUGGUUUAAGGAGACUUAAAAAAAAAAAAAACCUGGCUACUGAAUUACUGAUUACUAUGUAUGUAAAAUAUUUGGAUUAUUACCAGCUUGAGGGGGAAAGUCCAUCAAACCAGCGUUUCCGAAAUAAUUCUGGGCUCAGGUGGAAAGGGAGCGAAAACUCCCAGGGCUCGUGUCCAAGAGGGCGAGCGUCCGCCAGGAAACCCGUGUAAUCUUUUAAUGGGUUUCCAAUUAGUUUAUGGUCUCCUCGAGUGCAGCUAAAGUCCUCAGCGCACCCAAGACACGGCUGCUGCGGAAUGUAAACACGAGCCGCGGACGGCUCCGGAGCGGGGUUGCUGGUUGCAGCGCCAGUGGAGACGGGCUGCCCUGUCUCUUCCUGGAGAGAGAGCGAGAGUGUGUGUGUGUGUGGCUUUUUUCUUUCAUUUUAAACACUUAAAAAUAAAUCAGUAGCCAGGGACAAUUCCCCUUGUUUUCCUCGUCGUUUACUACCACAGCGCGCUUGGCGUGGAGACAGGCGCUCGUAAAUCUGCAGUCCCAGCUGGCCCCUUUCCACACGCUAUUCCUGGAGGUAGCAACCAGCAAAGAGGAGCGGGCGGGUUUGUUUGAAAAAGGAAGGAGGGGGGCAGACUGGAAAUCUCAGAGCUUUGCAAAAGUGCACGCCCCCCCCCCCAUGCAAGGUGCAAAGUAUCAAACUUUAUGGGGGGGAGAAAGGAGGUGGGUGACUCUUCAGAAAUCUCCAGUUCAGCCAGCCAGGGUUGAAAUCCGAUCCCUGUUGACAUAUGGGAUCAUGUCAAGGGGUUGCUGAUGAGAUUUUUAAAAAUUAUAAGGAGGGAAGGGUGGUGAAAACACCUCUGUAUUUCUCUAAGGAGAAGCAGUCAAUCAAACUCCAGUGCCAGCAGAGCUGAAGGGUUCAUUUUCCUCACACCUUGUUAAUUUCUUUAAGGGAUUUUUUUUUUUAAAUGGCACAAGUGCCUCCUCCAUAGGAAUGUGUCCAAGCAAAUUGCUUCGGUUGGGGUGGGAGGAAUGUGGGGACAAGGUGAUCUGUACAGUCUGUGUGAUUGCUUUUUAUUGAAGAGUUCCAGUUAGUUUGUUGUGUAAAUGACAGAUGUGACCUGAUGUCAAAAUACUUUCCUCUUCUCCCCCCACCCCCAAGGGGGAGAAACUUUGUUUUGAAAACUCAAUGGUUUAAGUAGUGGUGUGUGGAGUAGCAGCGACCUCGCUCUGUUUGCAAGGGAAUCGCCUUUUGAAUGUAUCUGGGGUUUGGUUUGUUGUCACAAUAUUUUGAAAUAUUAUGAAAUAGCCUUGAUGGCCUAGAAGGAAGAGUAGGGAAAGAAAAACAUCCUACUUUUUUUUUUUUUUUUUUAAAUUUGUGGCUUCUCUUCCCUUCUUUGAAUCUGGCUUUCAAAGGCAUCCAACUCAGGAUCUGGCUCUGUUUAUACACCAGGUGUUGGCCUGGCCCUGGGAGGCUACUAAAAUAAUGAAGUCCUUCUGUGAAAGCGUAAGGACUCUUACAGCCCCUGGGCUCAUGCCAUUCUGUAACAAAUGAAAGCUCUGAGAGCCAGGGAGCUUGCGAGGCGGUCCCUGUCGCAGGAGCAGCCUCUUACCACAGGUUUGAAAGAAACUUUUGGGCUGUGAAUUGAGGCAUUGGGCAGAGUCAAGAUGGCCUCUCCGGCAGACAGCUGCAUCCAGUUCACCCGCCAUGCAAGUGAUGUACUUCUCAAUCUCAACCGCCUUCGGAGCCGGGAUAUCCUCACCGAUGUCGUUAUCAUCGUGAACCGGGAGCAGUUCAGAGCCCACAAAACUGUCCUCAUGGCCUGCAGCGGCCUCUUCUACAGCAUAUUCACCGACCAGCUAAAGUGCAAUCUGAACAUCAUCACUCUGGCCCCAGACAUCAACCCUGAGGGAUUCUGCAUCCUGCUGGACUUUAUGUACACCUCCCGCCUCAACCUGAGGGAAAGCAACAUCAUGGCCGUCAUGGCCACCGCGCUGUACCUGCAGAUGGAGCACGUCGUCGACACUUGCCGAAGGUUUGUCAAGUCUAGCGAAGCCGAAAUGGUCUGUGCAAUGAAGACGCCAAGGGAAGAGUUCUUGACGGGCCGGAUGCUGAGUCAUCCGGAGGUGAUGGCUUACAGGAGCCGGGAAGUCUCAGAGAACAACAUGCCUCUCCGAAACACGCCUCUCUGUGAUGGGAGGGCCUUUGCCUCCACUUUGUACAGUGGCCUGUCUGGAUCACACCUUUCCUACACUGGAUACAAUCCCAUUCCAGUCAACGGUUUCCUCUUAGACGACGAGCUGCGAGAGGCGAGGAUGCCCCUGCCGGAUGUCUCGAGGGUCAACCCUUUCCCAAAGGAGAGAACGCUGCCAUGUGACAGCUCCAGGACAAUCCCUGCAGACUACACCAGAGCCGUCACCGAUCUUUCAGCCAACACGUGCUAUGCCACCAUCUAUUCUCCAAAAGAGGCUGCUACCGAAGAGGCCAGAAGUGACAUGCACUACAGCAUAGCCGCUGGUCCUAAGCCCGUCGCACCUUCGCUCCGAAACAAUCCCUACUUCGCCUGUGACAAAGCGGCCAAAGAAGAAGAGCGGACCUCUUCGGAAGACGAGAUAAGCCAACACUUCGAACCAACCAACACACCAAUGAACCGAAAGGGUCUCAUCAGCCCCCAGAGCCCCCAGAAAUCAGACUGCCAACCCAACUCGCCAACCGAGUCCAGCAGCAGCAAGAACGCCUGCAUUGCUCAAAGCUCUGGCUCUCUGGGUACCAAGAGCCCGACCGACCCCAAAGCCUGCAACUGGAAGAAGUACAAAUUCAUUGUCCUCAACAACCUCAACCAGAGCACCAAGCAAGACGGUGCCGAGCAGAACGAAGCGGGGACCCUCUCCCCUCGCUCGUACGUGUCUGCGUCGGUUUGCCAGCAGUCCAUGGAACCUGAGAAUCUAGACAUCCAGUCCCCAACCAAGCUGAGCUUGAAUGGGGAAGACUCGACAAUCCCACAAGCAAGCAGGCUCAACAACAUUGUGAACAGAUCUCUGGAUGGGUCCCCUCGGAGCAGUGAGGGGCAGUCCCCUCUGUACCUGCAUUCCUCAAAAUGCAGCUCCUGUGGCUCCCAGUCCCCCCAGCAUUCUGAGAUGUGCCUUCACACCCCUGGCUCGACCUUUGGAGAGGAAAUGGGCGAAACCCACUCCGAAUACUCCGACUCCAGUUGUGAAAACGGAGCCUUCUUCUGCAACGAGUGUGACUGUAGGUUCUCUGAAGAGGCUUCCCUCAAGAGACACUCCCUGCAGGCGCACAGUGAUAAGCCCUACAAGUGUGACCGUUGCCAGGCCUCCUUCCGCUACAAGGGAAACCUAGCCAGCCACAAAACCGUUCACACAGGUGAGAAGCCAUAUCGUUGCACUAUCUGCGGAGCCCAGUUCAACCGGCCGGCCAACCUGAAGACCCACACGCGCAUCCACUCCGGAGAGAAGCCCUACAAGUGUGAGACCUGCGGGGCCAGAUUUGUCCAGGUUGCCCAUCUCCGAGCUCAUGUGCUAAUCCACACUGGCGAAAAACCCUACCCCUGUGAAAUCUGUGGCACACGCUUCCGGCACCUGCAGACGCUCAAAAGUCACCUUCGAAUCCACACUGGAGAGAAACCAUACCAUUGUGAGAAGUGUAACCUGCAUUUCCGCCACAAAAGCCAGCUGCGGCUCCACCUCCGGCAGAAACACGGCGCCAUCACCAACACCAAGGUGCAAUACCGUGUCUCGACAACAGAGCUGCCACCAGAACUGCCCAAGGCUUGCUGAAAGCCAGGCGGAUUUCUCUGCGGGGCGGGUGAGAGGAAGGGGUGUCUGAGGGCGAGGGAGAAAGAUAUCCAAAGGAUACUUGUAACACUUUAACACUUUAAAACUUUCAUCACACGAUGGAGUGCCUCUAAGCCCAUAGUGCAGAUAGGUGGGAAAAAAUAUUAAAAAAUACACGGGUUUUGUUUUUAUUUUUCCCAGUUAUGUGAAACUGAAAAAAAACUUAUUCAGAUUUAAAUGUGUAUAAAAAAUGUCUGUGCAGUGGAGUGUUUAACCUUCACAGUCUGAAGAUGAGGAAUGUAAUGUUGAUUUACGGGAACAGUUGGGUUUUUUUGUUUGGUUUUUUUUUGUUUUUUUUUGUUUUUUUUUUGCUUUGUAUGCAAAAUGUGUGUUCUUUUAAAGAGAAGAGAAGAAUUGUGUGCUAUUGAAGAGAGGGCUUUAACUUUUUUAACCAAAGGUGAAGGAAUCUAUGGCAGAGCUGUAAAUAUAUAUAUAAAUAUAAAUAUAUAUAUAAAAUAAAUAUAUAUAGACCUUAAAGAUAUAUUAAAAAUAUAUAAAAUGCAUUAAAGGCUUGAUUUAGCAUCUGCUGGCAGAUGCUGAUUUGAGACUCUUUAGUGUGGUAGAGCACUUAACAAGAUAUUUUAAAGUAUUGCAUCUGUAUAAGUAAGAAAAUAUUUUGUCUAAAUGCAUCAGUGUAUUUGUAUUUUUUUGCAAGUGAAGGUUUACAUUUACAAAACAAAGUGUAUAUUAAACCAACAAAGCUGCAGAAGGAAUUUAAAAUAAUAAUAAAGUGUAAUUUUUUUUGUUUUUGUUUUCAGUCUGUAUAUAUGUAAAAUGUGGUUCGCACGGUGCCUUUCUUUUCAAUGGACGUUUUCAAUGUAUGAACUGUAUGAGCCCAAUUUCCUUUUUAAGGUACAGCCUGAUGUUACAAAAGGAGUCCUCUGGCAGAACUGUUUAUCGGGGAAUGUUUUGUGUUUUGGGUUUAUUUUUUGUUUUUUUGUUUUUUUGUCUUAUUUUACAUGCUUGUGUUAUGAACAAUCUCGGGAGACAGGGUUUGGGCUGUGUCUAAACUGCAUUAAUGCAUUCUGUAAAAUAUAGCUGUACAAAUACAAGAAUAAAACGAUGAAAAGUAAAGUA